AAAUAGCAAUCUAGAAACAAGAAAAAUAUUUUUAGAUAUUUUUAUAUUUCAAGUAAAAUCUUACGACAUGGACAAAGAAAUUCAGGCUGAAAUAAAAGAACCUGACAAAGAAAGUACCGAUGUAAAACUUCGGCCUAUAGAGCGAAUAACUUUACAUCCAAAAGAUCCAGUUGAGCCGUCUGCCUAUAAUGAAUAUCCUAACUACAGUCGCAGUUGGAUAUUGCAGGAUGGAAGACCAGCUGAGGCUCAGGGUAGUGAAAUGCAUAACAGUUACGGAAUUCAUAAGGCUUCUGCCUACCCAAGUGAAGGAAUACGAAAGCGGAUGCUUCGGGAUUUGUAUUGGAAAGAAAUGUACGAACAAGUUAUAAAAGAAAUGUCUUCACCGCAGCCAAUACAGGAAUACUGUACGGAGUAUGACGCUAAUUAUAUUAAAGCUAAUUUUGAACCUAGAAAACUUGAAGAAGCAGCUGAUAAAAAUAUGCAUUUAAAAUAUCCUCUUUACGGAACAGGAUCGAGCCCAACAACUUUCUAUAGCGAAACUAUCAGAAAAACCGGGCCAGGCGAGAUAUUGGAAAAAUUUCGGAAAUGCCAGGACUUUUCAAAGCCGAUGGGCGAGAGAUUGGACGAUGGUUGGGUUCUAUGAUGGUUUAUCUUUAAAAUAAUAAAACACGUAACUAAACA